AUGGCUCAUCAAUUAGUUAAAGAAUUCUUGGAAUUACAUCCUUCAUUAGAUUAUCCUACUCUUCAUUUAAUUGUUUAUAAUGUCCCUAAAAUAUUCGAUAAAUCACAAUUUUUAUUAUUAUUCCCUUCUGAUAUCAAAAUUACUUCUACUGAUUUCACUUGUCUUCAUCUUCAUUUUGUCGUUGUUCAAUUUAAUUCAGUAAGUGAUUCUAUUGUGUGUUUUCAUAAAGUUCAUUCAAAACAAUUCUGUGGAAGAUAUUUAUAUGUUCAAUUUGGUUAUCAAAUCAUCUCAAAUUUACCUUUGAAUUUUAUCCGAUUAAAACAUUUAUUAAACACUACUUUUGAGUCUGUUCUUCAUUAUUUUAGUUUCUUUGGAAAAGUAAGAGCAAUUACUCAAGAUGGUAAUGAUUAUCUUUGUGAAUAUAACUCUAUCA